CUUUGGGGCCUUGAUUGCUUUGUUUUCGAAAAGAGGCUGUGGACUGUGUUGUCUGUAAGAGUCCCUCAGCCCUCACAAGCUGGGUUUUAUUAAUAUUUGUCUGUGAUUUAAGGGUAUCCAUGCCUGGGGUCUAGGUGCAGAGAGAAAUAAUCCGAGGCAGGUGUGAGGUGCUGCAGAUUUACAGAGCCUUACUCAGGAACCUUCACCUUUGAUCAUGGAAGCUGUCCUUAAGGCAGGGAGGGCAGGGAUGCUUAACCCUCACACACAGCUGCACAAGCACAGGGAGGCUAACAGGCCAGCCCAAGAUUGAUGCAGGCAGGGCUCACAAUCCUCAGUCAUUGGAUUCUGAGGCGCCCAUCAGGUGGCCUGGGAUUGCUGAUCUCAGCAUAGAUGCAAGAGAAGGAAAAUGAGUGUUGCCGCAGGAGGAGAGAUUGAAGUUAGACACUAGAAGGACGUUCCAACUCUCAGGAACCUGGGAGUUGUUAGCUUCCCCAGGGCCAGUUAAGAACAGACUCUGCUUCUAUGUGUGCAGAAUGACAACCUCGCUCCAAAGUGGAGGUGUGCGUGGACUGACCAAGAAGGCUCAUCAGGCCUCGGUACACAAGGAACUCAAAGAAAUGGCUGUUCCCUCUGCCACCAUGAGGAACAUUUUCAAGAGGAACCAGGAGCCUAUUGUGGCUCCUGCCACCACCACUGCCAUGAUGCCCAUUGGACCCGUGGACAACUCCACCGAGAGUGGGGGUGCUGGGGAGAGCCAGGAGGACAUGUUUGCCAAACUGAAGGAGAAAUUCUUCAAUGAGAUCAACAAGAUUCCCUUACCACCCUGGGCACUGAUCGCCAUUGCUGUGGUUGCUGGGCUCCUGCUUCUCACCUGCUGCUUCUGCAUCUGCAAGAAGUGCUGCUGCAAGAAGAAGAAGAACAAGAAGGAGAAGGGCAAAGGCAUGAAGAAUGCCAUGAACAUGAAGGACAUGAAAGGGGGUCAGCUCCCACAGGAUGACGAUGACGCAGAGACAGGCCUGACUGAGGGGGAAGGCGAAGGGGAGGAGGAGAAAGAGCCAGAGAACCUGGGCAAACUGCAGUUUUCCCUGGACUAUGAUUUUCAGGCUAAUCAGCUUACUGUGGGCGUUCUGCAGGCUGCUGAACUGCCUGCCCUGGACAUGGGAGGCACCUCAGACCCUUAUGUCAAGGUCUUCCUCCUUCCUGACAAGAAGAAGAAAUAUGAGACCAAAGUCCAUCGGAAGACACUGAACCCUGCCUUCAAUGAAACCUUCACCUUCAAGGUGCCAUACCAGGAGCUUGGGGGCAAAACUCUGGUGAUGGCCAUCUAUGACUUUGACCGCUUCUCCAAACAUGACAUCAUUGGAGAGGUAAAGGUGCCUAUGAACACAGUGGACCUCGGCCAGCCCAUUGAGGAGUGGAGAGACCUGCAAGGCGGGGAAAAGGAGGAGCCAGAGAAGCUGGGCGACAUCUGCACCUCCCUGCGCUAUGUGCCCACGGCCGGGAAGCUCACUGUCUGCAUCCUAGAAGCUAAGAACCUCAAGAAGAUGGACGUGGGCGGCCUUUCAGACCCCUAUGUGAAGAUCCACCUGAUGCAGAAUGGCAAGCGGCUCAAGAAGAAGAAGACAACCGUGAAGAAGAAGACCCUGAACCCAUACUUCAAUGAGUCCUUCAGCUUUGAGAUCCCCUUCGAGCAGAUUCAGAAAGUCCAGGUAGUGGUCACCGUGCUGGACUAUGACAAACUGGGCAAGAACGAAGCCAUAGGCAAGAUCUUCGUGGGCAGCAAUGCCACGGGCACAGAGCUGCGGCACUGGUCCGACAUGCUGGCCAACCCCCGGAGGCCCAUCGCCCAGUGGCACUCGCUCAAGCCUGAGGAGGAGGUGGAUGCACUCCUGGGCAAGAACAAGUAGACAGCAGCGGCUGGGACCCCACACCUUUCACGGACACUGACAAGAUUCAGAGCUAUCAAUACCUCAGUUAUGCAACCUUAGAGGUUUUCUUUUUUCUUUCAUUUGUUGGGUGGUUCUGUCCUUGUUUUUCCUUGUUUUUCUCUUUUUAAAGACCAACUUCCCUUUGAUGGCUGUGUGAGGAGAGUCCCCUAAGAGGUGAAAGAGAAGCCUGGCUCUGUUCAUGGUCCUAGGAGCUGCCCUUGCUGCAUGCCCUGUCACAGUUCCCUCAACUGUUUCAAAGCUUCACAUCUGCCUCACCCCAAGCGAGGCCCUCUACUGGCACAAACUUGCAGCACUUCCUGUUUUUUGAGCCUUCUGGACCAACAAAAUGGCAGCACAUCCUGCUUCCUGACAGGGAAGGCAUCACAGUGGCCAAUGAUCGUGUGUGUGUGUGUGUGUGUGUGUGUGUGUGGUGUGGUGUGUGUGUGUGUCUUUGAGCAUCUCUCUUCAUUCCUGGAAUGAGCCCUGGACAGUAAAGUUGUGUGAGAAAAGAAGGCUCUUUGGGGACCCUGACAUGAAGAAGUCCACUAAGUGGGAGAUCUUCUCUCAUCUAUGGCAAAGUCUCAGGAUCCUGUUCAGAUACCGGGGCUUUCAUACUCCUGUUGGUGGCUAUUUGGGAGGCAGCAAGAUGUGAAGACUGGAUGUGUUCAGAACUAGGACCAAACGAUGCCAUCAAAGACUUCCUCCUGCCAGUCAUGGUUUCCCCAGAAGUGUGGUUCCUGGGACAUUCAUGGAUAUGAGCUAUUCACUAGUUAGGUCAGACUCUAACAGGGACUCUCAGUCCCUAAAUCUCACUCUUAUUGACAAUAAAUAUCAAACUAUGAAGAAACAGAAGUCCCAUUACCAGAAAGACCAAAAUGAAACUCCUGGAUCUUCACCCCAUCCAGUGGGAAACACAGAUGCUUUCUCCCUUUCCAGAAUAUAUAAGCAGCCCAGUUCAUUUGCAUUUAUUCCC